AUGACUAGCAAUCGCGACUACCGACCCAGCUCCCCAGACUUGGAAGACCAGGAAUCCGUCUUCGUUCAUCCACCCACGCUUGGUCGUUUACCAUCAUAUUCACGAACACCAAGUGAGGCAUACAAUUACCCAUAUUCCCCACGUCCAUCUAUAGACUUCACCGCCAGCACUUCACAACAUAGCGGCCGCCCGGCAAUCGGAAUUGCGCCUGCAUCAUCUUACUUCGGCGAACAGCACCAGGUGCAGUCACCCGCAUCUGCAAUCCGGACACCGGGAACAGCCACACACCAAAACUACCACGCAAAUUUCAAUCCAUAUCAAGCCAACACCGCGCAACCCCGUGUGCCGCCAUCGUUCUUCCAGUCGCCAAACUUUGCUCAACCACAAGCAUACUACGACAACGACGCAGAGAUGGCUCGCACGCGCGCUCAGCGCUCAGCUGAGCAACAGCAGUACGACCCUAUCCACGACGCCGCCCCGCCGCCACAAGCACGUCCAUCACAACAAGCUGUAGCGCCUCAACCACCGCCGCCAGCACCGGAACCACAAUAUCCUACCUCAGCAGUCGAUCUUGACAUCCGGACCAAGUUUCCCGUUGCACGCAUCAAGCGUAUCAUGCAAGCAGACGAGGACAUUGGCAAGGUCGCACAGGCAACACCGACCGCUGUCGCUAAAGCAUUGGAGCUGUUCAUGGCUUCGCUUACCGUCAAGGCCGCAGCGGAAGCUCGACAUCAGGGCGGCUCCAAGCGUAUCACAGUCGGACAUCUCAAGGCAGCUAUUGCGCGCGUCGAGAACUUUGACUUCCUCAAAAGCAUCUGCGACGCCGCAGGCGACGAAGACGGCAAGGGCGCUGGUGCUAAGAAAUCCAGAGGCAAAUCCGAAGACGUUAGCGAGGAUGAGAUGCCGCCGAAGACGAAGAAACGAAAGGGCAGUGCUGAAGAGGGCGAUUAG